CAAAUAAGUUUUCACAAAUAACUCCUAUUGAUUGGUUUUCUUGGCGAUGUAGCUCUUGUUGACACUCUGGUUGCCAAGACAAGGGCUUGGGAAGAAGAUCAUGGCAUCUCAUUUACCUAUGAUGGUGUUCCCCUGCUUGCAAUGCUAGAUGAGUAUGCAAUGCUCAGGCAUGACAGAGAAGAAGAAAAACGAAGGAUGAGGGAUCAAAAGAAGUUCCAUGAACAACUAAACACAGAACAGGAAGCGAUUUUUGGUUCAAGGCCGAGCCCUGCUAGACCACUUGGUACAAAGAAGGUGGUGGGCCCACGUGCAAAUGGUGGUACGAAUGGAACUCCUAGCAGACGGCUAUCUCUGAAUGUUAACCAAAAUGGUGCCAGGUCCUUGAGUAGUAAAGAUGGAAGACGGGACAGUGACAGGCCCAUUGCUCCUGUGAACUAUGUUGCCAUUUCGAAAGAGGAUGCUGCAUCUCACGUUUCUGGCACUGAGCCGGUUCUGGCUUCACCAUAAUAAUGGAAUAAGGAAGUAAUCUGUAGGUUUACACACGUGUGGUAUGUGAUUGUUAUUACCAGUGUAGUUGCUGCAAUAGGGAUACAUCUUUGAACAUUGAGGUAGUGUAGAGACUGGGUUUGGUUGUUUG